CAAAUCUCCUCCACCCAAUUAAUAAUCCAACGCUAUCCAAAAAAGAAAAAGGGGAAGAUCAUAGAAUCCCUUCGUUCCAUAAUCACUUUUUCACCAGCACACCCUUAAAUUAUCGUUUCUUCUCUCCUUUCCCCUUUCCCCUUCUUCGACAUCCUUAGCCAUGGCUGCUGCUAUCACUGCUGCAGUCUCUUUUCCUUCCUCCAAGUCUACUUCUCUUUGUACCAGAACAUCCUUAAUCUUACCUGAUCAAAGAAUCACCUUCAAGAAGGUUCCUUUGAGUUAUGUUUCCAGUGCUGGGAGAGUGGUUUCUGUCAGGGCCCAGGUCACCACAGAGGCUCCUGCAAAGGUUGAAAAGGAAUCCAAGAAAGAUGAGGAAGGAGUUGUGGUUAACAAGUUCAAGCCCAAGAACCCUUACUUUGGCAGAUGCCUUCUCAACACUAAAAUCACUGGUGAUGAUGCCCCUGGAGAGACUUGGCACAUGGUCUUUAGCACUGAAGGAGAGGUUCCCUACAGAGAAGGGCAAUCCAUUGGGGUGAUUGCAGAUGGUCUGGACAAGAAUGGGAAACCUCACAAGCUGAGAUUAUACUCAAUUGCCAGUAGUGCUAUUGGUGAUUUUGGAGAUUCUAAAACUGUGUCUCUAUGUGUGAAAAGGCUAGUAUACACCAACGAAAAAGGAGAACUUGUUAAAGGAGUCUGCUCAAAUUUCUUGUGUGACUUGAAACCAGGGUCAGAAGUGAAAAUUACUGGACCUGUUGGGAAGGAAAUGCUUAUGCCAAAAGAUCCAAAUGCCACAGUCAUUAUGCUUGCAACUGGAACUGGAAUUGCUCCUUUCCGAGCAUUUUUAUGGAAGAUGUUCUUCGAGAAGCAUGAAGAUUACAAGUUUAAUGGGUUGGCAUGGCUGUUCUUGGGUGUCCCCACAAGUAGUUCACUGCUGUAUAAGGAGGAAUUUGAGAAGAUGAAGGAGAAGGCCCCUGACAACUUCAGAGUGGACUUUGCUGUCAGCAGAGAGCAAACCAAUGAGAAGGGUGAAAAGAUGUACAUUCAGACCAGGAUGGCGCAAUACGCUGAAGAGCUAUGGGAAUUACUUAAGAAGGAUAACACCUUUGUCUACAUGUGUGGAUUAAAGGGAAUGGAGAAGGGAAUUGAUGACAUUAUGGUAUCCUUGGCUGCUAAAGACGGCAUUGAUUGGACGGAAUACAAGAGGCAGUUGAAGAAGGCUGAGCAAUGGAAUGUGGAAGUCUACUAAUACUUUGUUUCUUGUAAAAAUUUCCCCUCUUUUUUCUCCUUUUUUGCUCCUCCUCCCACUCCACUCUCCCCCAUUUUGAGAAGUCAUCCUCGUACAAUGAUUCUCACUGCUUUUAUGUAGAUAAUAAGGGAUAUAAUAUUUAAACUUUUUUAUUUCGCCCUAAUUUUUCCUUAUGUUAAUGAAGAAAGCAAUAUUAU